GCUCGAAGCGUUGCGGCCGUGGGCGCCCUCUCCUCCCGGCGUCAACAUCUCCGGCGGCCGAGUUUGUGCUGUUGGUGGCUGGAUUCCCAGACUCUGCUAAACAUUUACCAUUUUGGAGUUUAAAGUAUGACAUCAUGGCAAAGUUUCGAAGAAGGACUUGCAUCAUUUUGUCACUCUUUAUUCUAUUUAUUUUCUCUCUGAUGAUGGGUUUAAAAAUGCUGAGACCAAAUAAAGCUACUUUUAGAGUUCCUUUCGGACUUGACCUUCUCCCAGAAAUUCGUCAAGAAACUCCUCAUUUGGUGAAAACUUUUGAUUCCCAAAAGAGUGACACAAUCAACAGUGAAACAAACUUCAAGAAUUUAAAAAGUGAUGAAAUCACUGUGAAACUUUCCAAAGCCUCUGAACCUAACAUGGAAGAAAAGCCACCUCUGAAUUAUUUUUUACAUGUAUUUUAUUAUAGUUGGUAUGGAAAUCCACAAUUUGAUGGUAAAUACAUACAUUGGAACCAUCCAAUCCUGAAGCACUGGGACCUUAGAUUAACCAAGAAUUACUCCCAAGGGAAACACAACCCCCCAGAUGACAUUGGCUCUAGCUUUUACCCUGAAUUGGGAAGUUACAGCUCUCGGGAUCCUUCUGUCAUUGAAACUCACAUGAAACAAAUGUACUCAGCUUCAAUUGGUGUACUAGCCCUAUCUUGGUACCCACCCAAUUCAAAUGAUGAGAAUGGACAACCUACUGAUGACUUAGUACCAACUAUUUUGGAUAAAGCUCAUAAAUAUAAUCUAAAGGUUACUUUUCACAUUGAACCAUAUAAGAAUCGAGAUGAGCAAAACAUGUACACAAAUGUCAAAUACAUUAUAGAUAAAUAUGGAAAUCACCCAGCCUUUUAUAGGUAUAAGACUGAGACUGGCAAAGCUCUUCCAAUGUUUUAUGUCUAUGAUUCCUAUAUCACAACUCCUGAAAAAUGGGCCAAUUUGUUAACCAGCUCAGGGUCUCGGAGCAUUCGCAAUUCUCCUUAUGAUGCAUUAUUUAUUGCGCUUCUAGUGGAGAGCAAACAUAGAUAUGAAAUUCUUCGAGGUGGUUUUGAUGGAAUUUACACAUAUUUUGCCACAAAUGGCUUUACUUAUGGCUCAUCAUAUGAGAACUGGGCUAAGCUAAAAUAUUUUUGUGAUCAGUACAACCUGAUAUUUAUCCCAAGUGUGGGCCCAGGAUACAUAGAUACCAGCAUCCGUCCAUGGAACACUCAGAAUACUCGCAACCGAAUCAAUGGGAAAUACUACGAGACCGCUCUGAGUGCUGCACUCCAAGCCCAACCCAGUAUAAUUUCCAUCACCUCUUUUAAUGAGUGGCAUGAAGGAACUCAGAUUGAAAAGGCUGUUCCCAAAAGAACUAGUAAUACUGUAUACCUGGAUUACCGGCCUCAUAAACCAAGCCUUUAUCUAGAGCUAACUCGUAAAUGGUCUGAAAAAUACAGGAAGGAAAGAGCAGCUUAUGCAUUAGAUCCCCAGCUACCUCUUUUUUAAUGCACUGAUUAAAGUUUAAUAACUAUAGAAAUCACCUAAUUUCAAGACAUUCCUUUUGUUUUGAGUUACAGAAAGAAAACUGUCAAUAUGCUACUACUAUCACCUCUAAAAAUGUGCAGAUUAUUUUUAUUAGAGAUAGUAAUAUGAUUGCCACCUUACACAGUGUUGCACUGAGAAAAUAUCUGAGAGAAAAGUUGUGCAAAUAACAUUCCUUGUAGCAUAACUUGCUGAAUUUCUGACUGAAAUUGAAAUCCUGCUUUGAUAGCUCUUUUUAUUCCACAUUAGAUAAUUGCUUGUGUUCCCUAAAGUAGCACACAGUUAAAUCCUACUGUGUUCUGGGCCCAAAGAAACAGGAUCGUGUGUAUAUUUGGUGUGUGUUGAAGAAAAAGAAGACCUGAAAGAUAAUGUACAUGUUCUUUUUCUUUUUUUCCAAAUGAUCCAGUCAACUAUGUUAAAUUUGUUAGUGUUCAGACUUUGGAUAACUCUCCAAUGAUAAUUCUUAAAAUUCUUAAGAAAAGUAAAAUCAUAUGCCUUUUGCCUUACUGUGAACCAUAUUAUGUGAGGAAGACCUGCUUUCUGCAGCACAGUAUACCUAAUCAUCUGCACAUUUUUGGUGAGCUAUAUAGCAUGCUGUUUUGCAUGUCUAAUAUUUACAGCUACUUCUCAAUUUCACAGUUGUUAUUAUGAAAAUAUAAUGCCCCAAAUGUUGUUUUUAAAGUCAAUCUUUAACUUGUUACUAUGCAUGUUUUUAAAUUUAAUGUUAAUUAGAGCCCCACUGUUAGAUAAGAAAAAGUUGAUACUAUCAUUAGAUUGCCUUUUAAGAUUUUAAGCUAUUUUUUACUAACAUUAAUGGAGAAAACUUACUAAGCAUUUUCAAUUUUAAAGACAUGGAAAUGAAAAUUCCUUUGCAUCUUAAAUUCAUUCCUGAAGUUUGACUAAGUGGGUUUAAAUACCUAAUGAUGGAAAUAAUACCUGAAUUUAAUUUAAAGUACUGUCUUUGAAAUAUAUACAAUAAUAUCCCCAUCUAAAAAUGGUAAUGUUACCUAUCAAUCAGGGUAAAGAUUUGUGAUCAGUUGUCAUAAUGUGAUGAAGUAAUCAUCUGAAUGCUAAAAUGAAUGUUUAAUUUCUAAAGAAUAAAAAGCACUGUAUCAUAUAGUUAAUAUUUGUAAUUAGAACUAUAGUAAAAAGUCUAAUAUGCUAUUACAUGAAUAUUAUUUAGAUAUUUAAUUCACUAAAGGUAAACAAUAGGGAAAUACUAAACAAUAUAUAUAUUAAUGUUCAGAGUAUAAAGACACUCAUCAGUUUAUUUCAAAAGCACUGUUUAAAAAUAGAUUUCACUAUCAUGGCUUUGUAAAGAGGCAUGAUUAAUGUUAAACUUAUCUGUAACUUAAGAAUUUGCCAUUACUCAGAAUGCUCAGGCCAUGGGAAAUUAUAAGAAUAAAUCACUAUAAUGUUAUAACCAAGCAUUUUCAUAGGAACACUCAUACAUUUAUAACCUGUGGAUUUUUUUUUCCUUACAUCCAGUGAGCCACUAUAUAUUAUCUUAGGGAUAAAUUCUAAAUAUGUCAUACCUAAUAAUUGUUUAUAACAUACCAUAUUUUAUUAAAGUUUAGUUAGAGAAAUAUCUACCACACAGGAAUUUUUGGCAUUGCGUAUGUCAUAUGUUUGAGCCCAGCAUGACAGUAAAUUUUAUUCACUUUCUCUGAAUCUUAGAACUAUUUCAUAAAAACAAGAUAACUAAAUCCUCAAUAUGGACACCAUUGUCUCUCCAGCUCCCACUGCAGACAUAGAUCAUCUGUGACAGCAAACUUUGCCUCUGAGCUUUGCUGGAGUUCCCAACACAUUACCCCAAACAGCCAGAUUUCUAAGAAAGAUAAGAUAGGUUCUCAUUUCGGAAAGUUAUUCUCAAUGGAAGAAUGUUUGGAGUCACAUCUCAUGAUAAUUAACUGAUUUAUAAUUAUUUGACUAUCAUAAAAGUUAUUAGAAGGAAUAGGGAGGAAUGCUUCCACAAUCUUCCUCAGGUAUGUAUUACAGCUGCCUUAUACCAUUUGACUCAUAAAAAGUUUAGAUUCUUUAGGAAAUUUAUCUUCCCCUAAAACAAAAGUAACAAGCCACCAGAGAACCUACCAAGUUCAUAACUAAACACUUCUUGAAACUGAUCAGUUACUCAGUUUAAACACAGUGACUGCUCCUUAUAUAGUGCCUACAGAAACAGUCCUUAAAAGUCUUAAUUUGAGAUUUAAAUAAAGGUUGAACAGUCUCAUGUCAACUGCGUAGAAGCAAUACUUUAUAAAAAUAACUGAAAUUUAACUGGUCAUAAACAUUUACAAUUUCAAAAUGAAACACCAAGCCAAAAAGUUUUUUGGCUUAGAUAGAUAUUCUUUUUUUUUUUUAAAUAUACUUUAAAUUUUAUAUUGACUUUGUUAUAUAUCCACAUAAAGGCUAAAUGUUAUUGUAUGCUGAAUGUAUGAUUAUUAUUCUUAAGAAUUCAGGUAUACUACGUUGCUUUACAUACAGAGACUCAUUCAUCCUAAGUCAAAUCAAAGAAUGUAGUCGCAGUGCUGUUAUAUUCCAGGUAUCAAUGAAGGGGGGAACACAUUUCAGUGUGAUUAGCUUUUGUUAUUAUAAAAUUAGUAUUUAUAAUAUCAAAAGAUAAAAUAGUUUAAGAUUAAUUAGUAAAUUUUAGAUCUAUGAUUAUUUGCUUAAAGUUGAAACAUACUGGCACUUUUUAUAUGUUCUAGGCUUCAUUUAAAGCAUCUUAUGUAUUGUACUUCAAAUUUCUCUGUUUAUGGUUAAUUUUUUAUAUAAAUUUAAAAAGCCUUUGAGUCUAUUCCACUGAAAUAUUUCAUGAUACUGAAUGAUAUACCAUGGUAGCUAUAAUUCUGUGAACAAGUCAGCUAAUGGUAUAUGAUUAUAUCAUCAUGCUUUUGUGUUUUUAUUUGACUUUUUAAAAGAAUAGGUUAAAAAGCUAAACAAUCAUUUUAAACAACACAAAAUAAAGGGGCAGUCUUCAGCUACUCAGUGGCAUCUAAAAUACAUUAUGUCUGUGCACAAAAGUAUUUUUGAGUCAGUUUUACAAAAGCAGUUUUCAAAAUACUGUAUAGCACCAUGUUAAUUUGAUUAUAGUGGCUAACAAUGUAAACUUUAUCCUUACCUUGAAAAUAUCAAAUGAAAAAGAGAAAAAUAUUUAGAAGAAAUUCAAUUGUAGUACAUGUAGUACAUUUUAGAAAUGUACAUCUCUGAACACAGUCACUUAUGACUAGCAGCCACUUUUUUGUUUAUAUGUACUAAAUUUAUAUUUAUUGAGUACUGCCGUUAUAUAUAUCAUUUUUUAAUACCUAAACAUCCAUUUGGCAGACUAAGCCAUUAUUAAAAUGAAGCAGUCUAAUCUGACUCCUGUAAAGUCAACAGCAAAUCUGAUUGCUAAAUUCUUACUUGAAAAUUUGCUGUUAUACUUUAAUGUGCAUUCUUGAAAAUUAUGCUCUUGACUUUUGAGGCGUUUUUAUAAGCAAAAUAGUUGGUGACAAUCAUAUAAACAGUGGUUGAGUUCAAAUUCUAUUUUAUUUUUCCUUAUAUGAGUAUUAUGGGUUUGUAGCUGAAGUCUUAAUUUAAUCCUCAAAUAAAAUAUUUCCUUAGUGCA